AUGUUAACAAUCUUUGAUGACUUUUAUAAUAAUAAAAAUAUCCCAGACUUCCUUGAUGAUGACACCAUAUUAAUCAAUAAAGAAAACAAUAUCCAAUUAAAAGAAUUGUAAACUUAUUUAUAAACUAUAACUAAAUUAGUUUACUUAGUAAUGAAGAUUUAGUAACAGAAAUGCUCUCCUUUUUCUAAUAUGAUGAAUUAGAGACUGAUCAUAAAAGAGUAAUCAAGUAUCCUUUUGUCGUAAGCGAAUUGUUGGGUUCACUUUAUGCUUUAAAUGUCAAACAUCUAAAUUUUUUAAUCCAAUUAUUGAAUUCAGAAAAUUCACUGCCUUCAAUUACUAUUGGAUACAUAACUAAAGUCAUUAUGAAUGUUCUCAAAAAUAAUCCUUGUAUUGUAAUUAUACAACUUAUUUAUUUAGUUUUGGUAAAAUAUCCACUUAUCAUAAUUGCAUACAUUAAUAAAAGAUAUCAAUAACUAUACUAUCGCAGAAUUAAUCUAUUCCAUGAUUAUUUAUUAAACUCAAGAAAAUUAGCUAGAAUAUUUGGAAUAAAGAAUUUCAUUGGUGGAUUAUUUAAUAAAUUAAAUCAACACCGAUAAAAGUGAGGGAGUUUCAAAUGUCAUAUGUAUGCUAUUAAAUUAAAUUACUGAAACACUUCAACAAUAGAAAUCUCUUAUUAUCAAACAUUUAUACACUAAAUUAGAUAUAUUUCUGGCUGCAUUACCACAUCAGCCUUAAUCAAUAUUAAGCAUAUUCACGAAUCUUAUCAAAUACUAACAAUAUUACGAAUCAGAAGUUAAUUAAAUUUACAAUCAUUUUCUUCAAACAUAAGACAUAUUUUAAAAUCUAAUUUAGAAUCAAAAUCAUUUUGGACAAAAUAAUUUCUCCUAUAUUCAAUUUUAUGAUGCACUUACAAAUCAACCAUAUGUAUUAUAAAACAUUAAUGCCUAAUAUUUUGUUUCUUAAUUAUUUGUAAAAUUUUAUAAUUUAAGUAGUAAUUAAUACAAAAGUAUCAAUAUCAUAAUCAAUUACAUAAAUAUGCUACAAAUAUUAUAGUGAAAUUGAUACCUCAAACUGAUACCUAAUAAUUAUUGGAGAUAGCUAUUAUUGAAUUUAAGUAUUAAUAUUUAAUAACUUAGAAUUAAGCCAAUAAAAGCAAAUAGAGGAUAUAUCACAUAGAUCAUAAAUAAAAUAUAUGAAGUGAAUAGUAAUUAAGAAUAGUAGGAAUAAGAAUUGUAAUAAAUAAACUCAAUCUAAAAUAAUUAUUUUUUUGGACAAGUUCCUGAUUAGAAACCUACAUUUAAUUUAUAGGAAGAAUUUGAAGCAGCAAUGAAUAAAUUAUAGAUAUGA